GACGCGCGAAACUUGAAGAAGAUAAACAACACUACAAGCAAAGAGUUAUAAGCAACUGAGAAGUAAGAACUUCAGAUAUGAGCAAGAAAGAUGCAGCGGCGGUGGCCAUCAUCCUCACUUACCUGAAUGAGCAGAAUCGACCAUACAGCGCUCAAGAUGUGUUUGGGAACCUGCAGAAGCAGCACGGCUUUGGUAAAACGGCUGUGGUCAAGGCAAUGGAGCAACUGGCCCAGGAUGGCAAGAUUCGAGAGAAGACUUACGGCAAGCAGAAGAUAUACUUUGCCGACCAGGCCCAGUUUACAGACGUGAGUGACACUGAUCUGAAGACCAUGGACACACGCAUCUCUGAGCUAAGCUCACAGGUGCAAGAAGUCACACAGUGCUGCAGGCAAUUGGAGUCUGAGCUGAGGGAGCUGAGCAGCUCCCUGACCUCCGAGGAGAUGGCCUCUGAGAUCCAGGAGCUGAAGCCAGAGUGUGCAUCUUACCGUGAGCGCCUGCAGAAGAUCAAGUGUGCAACUAAUCAUGUUUCACCAGAGGAGCGAGAAAAGAUUCACAAAGUCAGGAAUCUCUAUGUGAAGGAAUGGAGGAAGAGGAAGAGGCUGACACAGGACAUGAUGGGUGCGAUCUUGGAGGGUUAUCCAAAGAGCAAGAAACAGUUUAUGGAGGAGGUUGGUGUGGAAACCGAUGAAGACCACAAAGUGACCAUACCUGAUAUUUAACGAAAUUGGGUCUUUGAAUGUUUGUCUUCGGUGGUCACCAUGGAUACAUGCUACCAACUGACUGCACUGUCUGUGUGAGAGGUAACGUGCAGCAGUCCUUAUGUAGUGGCAAACUGGAAACUUGGCCAGUUAAAGUUUAAAGUAAGGAUUAAACUUUUCCUGUUCAAGAGACCGCAUGGCAUCCAACAGCCGGAUAUGAAAAAAGGAAAAUGGUUGUAGAGACAGGAACUGUGAAUAUUGUUUAUUUCCAAUUACAAACUGUAUUCAUACAAAAAUAUUUCAACUGCUCUUGUCAAUAUCAGCAUACAAUUUCAAGAGGUUGUAUACAAGGUUCCAACACGCACCCAAUAUUGA